UGCCCCCCACCGCCGCCCUGCGCUUUGGAUUUCACCACACCAGACCAGUCCAUCUGUGUAUAUGGAGCUCUUGGCUUGGUUUCCCGGAACCAGAGAGCGGAGUGACUGAAACUGACAACAUGGCUGCGGCCGCCUCUGCUGCCCAGGAUGAACUGAAUCAGCUUGAACGUGUCUUCUUACGUCUUGGCCAUGCAGAAACAGAUGAGCAAUUACAGAAUAUUAUAUCCAAAUUCUUACCACCCGUUCUUCUGAAGCUUUCGAGUACACAAGAAGGAGUACGUAAGAAGGUUAUGGAACUGUUGGUUCACCUGAAUAAACGCAUCAAAAGUCGUCCCAGAAUCCAGCUUCCAGUGGAGACUUUACUAGUCCAGUAUCAAGAUCCUUCUGCAGUGUCCUUUGUUACAAAUUUUACGAUAAUAUAUGUUAAGAUGGGCUACCCUCGUUUGCCCGUGGAAAAACAGUGUGAACUGGCUCCCACUCUCCUAACUGCAAUGGAAGGAAAACCUCAACCCCAGCAAGACAGCUUAAUGCAGCUUCUAAUACCAACCCUUUUUCACAUGAAAUACCCCGUUGAACCUCUGAAAGCAGCUUCUCCAUUUAAUCUUGCUGAAAAACCAAAGACAGUACAGCUGCUCUUGGAUUUCAUGUUGGAUGUCCUCCUAAUGCCUUAUGGAUAUGUUUUGAAUGAAUCUCAGAGUCGCCAAAGUGUUCCAUCAGGACAGGGCUCUUCUUCAUCAAGUAGCUCUGGAGGUUCUGGGAUCCCUCAACCUCCUCCAGGGAUGAGUCUUUAUGCAGCCAAGCGGGUAAUUGGAGAGAGCCCAUGGACACCUGAACAGCUGGAGCAGUGUAAAUUGGGCAUUGUGAAGUUCAUUGAAGCUGAGCAGGUGCCUGAAGUUGAAGCCGUUAUACACCUGGUCAUUGCCUCUAGUGACACACGGCAUAGUGUAGCAACUGCAGCAGAUCUUGAACUCAAAAGCAAGCAAAGCUUAAUUGACUGGAAUAAUCCAGCCAUCAUCAACAAGCUGUACAAAGUGUACCUUGGGGACAUACCACUAAAAACUAAGGAGGGAGCUGUUUUGAAACCAGAAUUGAAACGUGAUCCAGUCAGCACACGGGUUAAGUUAAAGAUUGUCCCUCAUCUUCUGCGUUCCAGGCAAGCUGCAGAAAUGUUUCCUGCAAAUAUUCAGGUUGUCUAUGAUGGACUUUUUGGAGCAAAUACGAAUGCAAAACUGAGAACCUUAUCCCUUCAAUUUGUGCAUCAUAUUUGUGUAAUUUGCCCAGACAGUAAGAUAAAGCCACUAGGCCCAAUGCUUUUGAAUGGACUGACAAAACUGAUUAAUGAAUAUAAAGAGGAUCCCAAACUGCUGUCAGUGGCCUAUUCAGCUGUUGGAAAACUCUCCAGCCGAAUACCUCAGCUGUUCACCAAGGACCUGGCUUUAGUCCAACAGUUUUUUGAAGCUCUCUCUAAGGAGGAGCCUGAUACCAGACUUGCUAUUCAGGAGGCCUUGUCCAUGAUGGUUGGAGCUUACACCAGUUUAGAAGGGGCACCACGUACUCUUAUGGAGGCACUUGUGGCCUCAAACCUAAUUAAGCCGCAAGUUCAAGUACGUCAGGUGGCUGUAAAAUUUGCCAGCACAGUGUUCCCUCCUGAUCACAUCCCUUCAAGAUACUUGCUGCUUUUAGCUGCAGGCGAUCCACGGGAAGAGGUACAUGGAGAGGCACAACGCGCACUGAGAACAUUUCCUGGUAAAAAUGAAAAAGAAAGUGCUGGCAAACAGAUGCCUUCCUUCCCAGAAAUGGUCCAGUAUAUUCAAGAAAAGGCCUCUCACAGGAUGAAAACUCCUGCUAAAUAUAUGACUGGAACUACAGUCAUGCCUUUCAACCCAGCUACUUUUGGAGAGAUAGUCCUGUACCUCCGGAUGUGUCUUGCUCAUAGUGCUGGAGUGGUGCCCACCUCUCAGAGCUUGGCUGAUAUGCAGGAUCAUGCACCAGCCAUCGGCCGUUAUAUAAGAAACCUUCUUUCUGGGCAUUUUAUAACAUCUUCUUCCUCAUCCUCAAAGGGUGGUGAAAGCAAUCCUGUACAGAUCUAUAUAAGUCUCCUUCAACAACUGCUCUCUGGUGUUGGAGGUUUGCCAGUCAUGUACUGUCUCCUGGAGGUGGUUUCAGUCUUUCCUGAAAAACUAGCUGCAAGAUUUGUAGACAAAAUGGAUUGGAUAAAGAGUCUUAUGAAUACUAAUAAGGAAGAGAUGCGGGAACUGGCUGCUUUGUUUUAUUCAGUAGUGUUGUCGACAGUGUCAGAAAAUGAAUUUAAAACAUCAGUUCAACAUCUGAUAAAAACUGCAAAAGACAAUCAUAAUCUGGAAAUGCAGCAUGGUUCUUUGUUGGCUCUAGGAUUCACAGUAGGACGCUAUUUGUCAAAGAGGAAAACCAAGAUGGUAGAACUGCAUGACCUAGAAGAGCCAGAUACCAUCAUUUCUCCAGAACAUGAUCAAUUGAUCAAGUCAACAACCGAAACUAUAGGUACCUUUUUAGAUAGUACCUCACCACUUUUGGCAGUAGCCGCUUGUACAGCACUAGGGGAAAUUGGCCGUAAUGCCCCUCUGCCAAUCCCCAACGAAGGUAUGGGAUUUACCAAGCUCCAUCUUGUUGAAAGUUUACUAGCCAGGAUUCCUUCUAGCAAGGAAACUAAUAAGAUGAAAGAACGAGCUAUACAGACACUAGGUUACUUUCCAGUGGGGGAUGGCAACUUUCCACACCAGAAGCUUCUCUUGCAAGGACUAAUGGAUUCUGUGGAGGCCAAGCAAAUUGAACUCCAGUUCACUGUUGGUGAAGCUAUUACUAGUGCUGCAAUAGGGACCAGUUCAGUAGCUGCCCGUGAUGCAUGGAUGGUAGCUGAAGAAGAAUAUACCCCUCCUGCAGAUGUGAAAGUCAAUGAUGUGGUUCCCUGGGUCUUGGAUGUCAUUUUGAAUAAACAUAUUGUCAGCCCCAAUCCUCACAUAAGGCAAGCAUCUUGCAUCUGGCUUUUAUCAUUGGUGAAGAAGCUGAGCACCCACAAAGAAAUUAAGUCUCAUCUCAAGGACAUUCAAGGUGCAUUUGUAUCUAUUCUGUCCGACAGCGAUGAACUCAGUCAAGAUGUUGCUUCUAAAGGCCUUGGUUUGGUAUAUGAGCUGGGGAGUGAACAAGACCAGCAGGAAUUGGUCACCAUGCUGGUUGAAACCCUUAUGACUGGGAAAAGAAUCAAGCAUGAAGUGACUGGAGAAACUGUGGUAUUCCAGGGAUCGGGCCUUGGCAAGACUCCAGAUGGCCAGGGUCUCUCUACUUACCAGGAACUUUGUUCGCUUGCUAGUGACCUCAACCAGCCAGACUUGGUGUACAAGUUCAUGAAUUUGGCCAAUCAUCAUGCCAUGUGGACCUCUCGGAAGGGAGCAGCUUUUGGUUUUAAUGUGAUUGCUACCAAAGCUGGGGAGCAAUUAGCUCCUUUUCUCCCCCAGCUGCUUCCUCGUCUCUACCGUUACCAGUUUGACCCCAAUAUUGGGAUUCGGCAAGCUAUGACCAGCAUUUGGAAUGCGCUAGUGACAGACAAAUCUGCAGUGGACAAAUAUAUGAAAGAAAUCCUUGAUGAUUUAAUAAACAAUCUGACUAGCAACAUGUGGAGGAUUCGAGAAUCCAGCUGUCUAGCACUGAAUGACUUGCUGAGAGGAAGACCCUUGGAUGACAUUAUUGAUAAGCUUCCAGAAAUAUGGGAAACUCUUUUUCGAGUACAAGAUGACAUUAAGGAAUCUGUACGAAAAGCAGCAGAAUUAGCCCUGAAAACUUUAAGUAAGGUGUGUGUGAAGAUGUGUGACCCGUCAAAAGGAGCUGCAGGUCAGAGAACAAUAGCUGUACUGUUGCCCUGCCUUCUUGAUAAAGGAAUGAUGAAUACAGUAACUGAAGUGCGAACUCUCAGCAUUAACACCCUGGUGAAGAUCAGUAAAAGCGCUGGGGCCAUGCUCAAACCUCAUGCACCCAAACUCAUCCCAGCUUUAUUGGAAUCACUGAGUGUACUGGAGCCCCAAGUGCUCAACUACUUGAGCCUGCGUGCUACAGAGCAGGAAAAGGCUGCAAUGGAUAGUGCAAGACUCAGUGCUGCAAAAUCCUCUCCCAUGAUGGAAACCAUCAAUAUGUGCUUGCAGUAUUUGGAUGUGUCUGUCCUAGGGGAGCUGGUUCCUAGGCUAUGUGAGCUGACCCGGAGUGGAGUAGGCAUCGGCACCAAGGGUGGCUGUGCUAGUGUGAUUGUAUCACUAACGACUCAGUGCCCUCAAGACUUGACACCAUAUUCAGGCAAACUCAUGAGUGCUUUGCUCAGUGGUCUCACUGAUCGCAACAGUGUGGUGCAAAAAUCUUUUGCGUUUGCCAUGGGACAUCUGGUUCGGACCUCACGGGACAGCAGCACUGACAAAUUAUUGCAGAAGCUGAACAACUGGUACAUGGAGAAGGAAGAACAAGUUUACAAAACAGCCUGUGCAUUAACCGUUCAUGCUAUUGGGCGCUACAGCCCAGAUGUAUUGAAGAAUCAAGCCAGACAUGUCUUUCCCUUGGCUUUCCUGGGCAUGCAUGAGGUUCCUGAGGAAGAAAAAGGAGAGAAAGAAGAAGGUAACCUAUGGACUGAAGUAUGGCAGGAAAAUGUGCCUGGCACCUAUGGAGGCAUAAGGCUCUAUAUGCAGGAGCUGAUCGCAAUUACUCAGAAAGCUUUGCAGUCCCAGUCUUGGAAGAUGAAAGCUCAGGGAGCAGCUGCCAUGGCAUCAAUAGCAAAGCAAUCCAGCUCCUUGGUACCUCCACAUUUGGGCAUGGUGCUCACUGCCCUGUUGCAAGGCCUUUCUGGAAGAACGUGGACAGGAAAGGAGGAGUUGCUGAAAGCUGUUGCCAGUGUUGCUUGUUCAUGCAGCACGGAACUGCACAAAUCUGUGCCUGACCAGCCCAGUGUCAACGACAUCCUUCAGGCGAUGCUUAAAGAGUGCCACAAAGAGAACCUCAGGUACAAGAUUGUGGCUCUCCGGUGCACAGCUGAUGUGCUGAAGACCAUGCAGGAAAAUCGGUUCCAGGAGCUGACAGACAUCAUCUUUCCAAUAAUAAAGAAGAAUUGUCCUGAGAAUAUGGGAGCCAAUUCGCUACAGGAGGAUGAGGAGGAUGAGAAUGAAAAUGAGAAGGAACUCCAGAUUGAAUCUCUCCUCUGUGCCUUUGAGAGUUUGGGCAAAGCCUGGCCCAGAAAUCCAGAAACACAGCGCUGCUAUCAACAUGAGCUGUGCAAACUAAUGUGUGAGCGGCUGAAACUCAGUACAUGGAAAGUUCAGCUUGGAGUCCUCCAAGCCAUGAAGGCUUAUUUUCAAGGGUUACUGUUGCUUGAAGCAGAACACUCAGACCCUGAGGCUUUGUCAAGAAUACUGUUGGAAACCUGUUCCUCCAUCACUCAUUCUCUAGAGAACAGAAGCUACACUUCCAUAAGAACAGAAGCUUUGGCGGUGAUAGAAGUGCUGCUCACGAAACUUGAAGAGUCCAAACAGUGGGAAAGCCUGAGCACAGAAAGCCGAGAACACCUCAUUGGCUCUUUAACUGCCCUGACGCUGGACAGCAGGCCUGAGCUCCAAGUGAAAGCAUCUUUGUUAAAGAAAAUCCUAGAAAAUCUCGAUUGAAUUUGAAACCAACUAAGUGCCAUGUGAAACAAAGCAAGCAGAAACAAAAGUGCACCAUGUGCUCUGAAUGCAAAGAGAGAAAAUGAAGAUGACUUUGUAGCAUGCAUCAUUCCUUGGCUAAAAUAAAGAACACCUUGAAUUCUGUUCCCCAUUAUUAUUAUUAUUAUUUUAUUUUUUUUAACCAUUUCAAGCAGUUUGGUUAGUAAACAAGCCUUGAAAGUAUUACGAAAACAAGCUGCACAAUGAACUUUUGGGGAAUUGUUCUGUUCUGUAUGAGUAAAGAGGGGAAGAAGCAUCCUAUUUGUGAAUUUAGACCAGGCAAAAUUCUAGAAAACUUAACCAAGGUGAUAAUGGGAGCACUGGAGAAGAAAGUCCUUAUUAAAGCUUUUCAUAUUGAGUAAUUACUACUGAACUUUUCAUAUUGAGUAAUUACUACUUGGUGUUGUAUUGGUAGCCCUCUGGAUCCCAUUAGGACAAAAGGAAGUAAAAAUAUCAUGAAGAGGUCAAUCUUUCUUUUGGUUUAGUCUGACCUCCCUUUAUGAAAUCCUUUUGGUGUGCGUUGGUUGUUCUGGGCCGCAUACUGUCACUUUGUCUGAUGUAAAAGUAGAGUUAAAUAUGAGAUUUGGGGAAGUCCAUGCCUUCCCACAUUUAAAGGUGUGGAAGUUCCCAGAUAAGCACUUUAAUUAACUGCCUGAAGCAAGAGUAUAUACAGUAUAUGAGGACUGAUUUUAAAAAUACAGAGAUAAAUGGAAUACUGCUCUUCCCCAAAGUGUUUUGCUUGACACUCGGUAGUUGCAAAGCCCUUGUCUAAAAUACAUUUUGGAGUGUUAUACAUUUCCCAAGAAAGAUUUCAUAGUAGACCCUUCAGGUUUAUAUUUUGCUUUGCUUUGGAAAGCUGUAACACUUUAAGGAGUUAAGGCUAUUAACUCCAUAAUCUUAUCAACCACAGCAUCUUCUGUUUUCUAGGAAGUACUUUUUGAUCUGCACCAUAAAACUUGACAUUACAUUAACUGAUAUUGAGUAACAGUGAGAUUGUAUUAAAUAGCCACAUUACUUUCCCCCCUUCUUUGUGGAAGCAAAAUCAUACAAAAAUAAAAUUUGCUCCUAUUUUAGACUUCUUAGAUGGUGAAAUUGUCUGGACUGAAAACUUAAACUUCACAACUAUGAACUUCAGCAAGACCUGUAAGGUUUGUUGUCCUAUGUGGAAGGAAUUUCUGUGUGGAAAUCAGUAUGUUACCCACUCAUAGGCAGUUCUGUAUGAUGUUCUGGCAUAUAAAGUCCUGUUUGUAGGAUUUCACACAGGAAGAUUUUACAUGUAGGCAGCAUGUUAAUUCCUACAUGGAAGUGCCUUCUGUGUUGGGAUAAUGCAAUGUUUAAAGCAGCCUUCCAGAGCAAGCAAUACUAGGGGUUCUUAACAUGGGGAUCUGUUAAGAUCUGCCAGACCCCACAUCAAGAACCACUGCUUUUGACCAAUUCACACAGUUGUAAAUCUCUGUGGGAUCAUGCAUUAGUCAACCGUAGGCUCAUAGUCCAGCUGCUUCAACUAGCCCAUGCUUCUUCAACUGCACAAAUCCUGGCAGCUGCAUGAAAGAUUUUCAUGUGGAAAUGGGUUAUACAAUUGAUGCAGCCCUGCACACUUGUAUUGUGUUAGGGCACCAGUUGUUUGAGUACUUAGGGUAAUCUAUUCGGCAUACAUCUUUCCUUUAGGAAGUUUUAGUGUUUGAAAGGAAGAUUUUAAGGCUGCUUCAUACGAUCAUCUUCCAGAAAUCCUGAAGUUGUGGUGAGACAUCUGAGCUGUGCAUCAGCCUAUGUAUACCCAGUCUCUUCAAAAGUGAUAUGACAGGAACUGGGUAUAUAUGCAUAAUGUACAUGCCUAUAUUCUAAGUCAUUUUACCUCAAACUUGGUGGGGAAAAGUAUGUGCAUUCCUGCUGUUCUGCCACAUUUAUGUCAUGUGUUACAAACUGGCCCUUGGAACUCAUCUGAAAAAUUGUGCCUGGUGUGCGCGUGUGUGUUUUAAAAACCUCUGUCUAACUUGCACCCAUUGCUAAGGAAUUGUGAGGUGCUGUAAGCUGGUCUAAAAGAGAUUUUAAUGUAUUUCAGAAAGCUGCUUGUUUAUGUUUAAUUUGAAUUUGCCAAGCACAUCUGUAAAACUGAAUGCUUGUAGGCAUAAGACCUUCAUAACUUUUACCAAAUAGUUUUUCUUGCAAGAGCUUUUUUUUUUUAAUUAGGCAAGAAUUUCAAGUGUUCCUUUUUUUUCUUUUUUGCAACAGUUAUUUUGAGUGUUUUAUAGAACCCGUUGAUGACCGUGUACUUAAGUCUCUGAUAUGACCAUUCAGCAUGGGCUUCAGUAUUUUGAGAUGGUAGUUGAAGCUCAAAUUUGGAGCAGCUGCUGUAGUAGAUACUUCCAAAUGGAAAUCUAUAUUAACUGUACUGAAGACUUAAUUCCAGGGCAAGAAUAACAACUCCUCCCUGGAAUGUGCAAGUUUGAUGAAUAGCUUCUCUGAAUAACUUUUUUCUUCCAAAUUUGGAUUCUGAAUUUAUCAAACGUGCCUCUUUGAGAAACCUACCUGCAAAAAGUUGACUUAGAGGUCAAGCACCCAUCUCUCUUUGAAAUUUGUUGACUUAGGAAAAAAGUGGCCUUUGGAGAGUUAUGUUUUCCUCUGAAAACAAUUGCACUAUAAACACUGUUGCCCAAAUAUGGGCGCUUGUGCUGCUGUUUAAUGCUGCUUUGUAUACCUGGAUUGAAGUGUGUAAAUUUGACACUCUAGCACCCCGCUGAAUUUACAAACUGUUUUAUGUUGAAAGAUUUCUAAUGUUGCAAAAAAGGUCUCCAUCAAAUUCACUACAUUGAAUUUCUGUAUCUGAAUGUCAAAUAUGUAAAUGGAUUGACAAAGAAACCUUCCCACUCAAAAGGAUAAUGUUUAAAUAAAGGAGCAUGACCUCUU